CACGGCGACCUCAGAUCAACUGAGACCUGAAAUUAAGUUGCAGCAAUGGGUCGCCAGAACAGAUUCCACCCCCAAACCGUGACCCUGAUCAUCUUGUACGGGGCGGCGGUGGUUCUCCUUUGCAGCUGGUUCGUUCACUUGGACCCUUCCAACUUCGCUCCCGCAGGCCCCAAAGUUCACAUUUUGCUGCUGUCCUCGUGGCGGUCGGGUUCAUCCUUUCUGGGUCAGGUUUUCAGUCAGCACCCGUCCGUUUUCUACCUCUCAGAGCCCGCUUGGCACGUUUGGACCAAAAAGCCGACGUCUGGCGCGCAGGCUCACCGAAUAGCAGUGAGGAAUCUCUUAUGGCAUUUAUACCGGUGUGACUUUUCAGUGAUGGGUUCCUACCUUUCAGAGAAACGCAGCGUGUCCUCCAUGUUCAUGUGGACUCAGAGUCGGGCACUGUGCUCGCCUCCAGCCUGUCCCCUUACGGCCACCAAUGAGAUUCAGUGCCGCCAGAUAUGCCAUGCUCAGGACUUGAAGAAAGUGGAGGAAACCUGUCGUGCAUACUCUCAUCUCGUCAUUAAAGAAGUACGAUUCUUUGAGCUGGAAUCCCUUUAUCCCCUUCUGCAAGACCCAAACCUGGACCUCCGCAUCGUUCAUCUUGUUCGAGACCCGCGGGCCGUGAUACGGUCGAGAGAGGGGUCAGCCAAAAAGUUGAGGAGGGACAACGCCAUCAUUCUGGAGCACCGAAAUGUACCAGCGGCUGAGAAGAACUACGAAGUGAUGCAGGAGAUCUGCAGGAGCCACGUACGCAUCAAUGAAAGAGCAAUCCUGAAGCCACCUCCGUUUCUGAAAGGUCGCUACAAAAUGAUUCGGUAUGAAGACGUGGCACGCAACCCGCUGAAGGAGAUGAACGACAUUUAUAAGUUUGUAGGCUUGAAGAUAACUAGACAAAUGGAGGAAUGGAUCUACAAGGUGACCCACGGAAAAGGGAAAGGCAGCAAGAAAGAGGCUUUCCAGAUCACCUCUAGGAAUGCCACCGAGGUGUCGCAGGCGUGGCGCACCUUGCUGCAACACAGCAAGGUCAAACGCAUUCAGGAUCUGUGCAAAGGAGCCAUGUCGCUGCUCGGCUACCGGACAGUUGACAGCGAAAAAGAGCAGAAGAGACUCGACAUAGAUCUGCUGGUUCCGCUGGAGUUCAGAUGGAGGUCAACUAAGAAGAAAUGAACCUUGGAUUAUCACCAAAACUGCUCAAAUGCCCCAAUGGCUCUUUAUACACCAAUCAUGUUUUUGCUACAUUUCUGACAACUAGAAACCUUCACACAGUCAAAUGACCUGACAUCUCAUUUGACUGAGUUAUUUAAGCCAGGCGUACUGCAUGUUAUGUUGUCAUGGCAAACCCGCAGCAAAUGCACGGUGGCGCAAACUGUCUAGCCACUAGGAAGGACUUUAUCGUCACAUAGACUGGUAAUUGUCUAUGUGUCUAUGUCCAAGUCAACAGCAACAAUGAUUCUGAUCAGUUUUUAUUUCUUGAGCAAAGUCAAAAAUACAAGGUGCAUGUCGACAAAUGUGAAGCGUUUGAAAAAGUUCAAUAGUUAUUCUCAUUUCAAAGAGAAAACUCAAUAUACUGUAUAUGCAUUUACAAAUAGACUGAAAUAUUUAAAACCUAUUAUUUAUUGUAAUAUCAUGUAAACCAAAUGUUUUAAAUAGAAAAAAACACUUUUGGAAAACAUGCUCAUUUUCAUGCACUGGAUAAUUUGGUUGGGGAUCCUUUUACAUCCGCAUCGUUGACUGCAGAAACUUUAGACUGGAUUGCAAGCAAUGUGGAUCCUGAUUCUCUCUCACUUUUCCUCCAGACCUUAUGACAUUGAAUUACAUUAAAUGCAGAAUUUACUUCCAUCUGAAAAAGGGCUUUGGACACGUUCUUUUUUUCUUUUGUCCACACAAGACUCUUCUUCUGUUGUCUCUGGUUCAGGAGUGGCUUGACACAAGAAAUGUGAAAUUUGGGUUACAGCCUCAGUCCGCUCCUUGAGAAGCUCCCGCAAAAUACGUUGUGAAUAACCACUUGUCUCUCUUGGAUAAAAAAGAAGCUCCUACCAAAGUUCCCAUAGGAAUAUUUUGUGUCAACAUAUUUUCUGCAAUUCUUUUCAACUGUAGUUCUCGCAAUACAUAUAGGCAGAAUAUUCACAAAUUUACUGAAAUAUGAACCAGUUAUGUGCCAGUUUUAAUGCCUGAGGUCAUUUUCAUGAAAAGAAAAAAAAAACAGGAAAAGAAAACCUAGAUUUUAGCAUCAACAUUGAAUCUGAUCACUUUUUCUGUUUUGUCUUUAAAACGCUCUCAGAAGGAAUAUUUAUUUCUCAUCCUACACAUUGAAAAAUAGUAAAUUUACACCAUAAAAUAUACAGCACAUGAAAAGUGUCUUCAAAGGGAAGAAAAAGCAUUGACAUGAUUUCAGCAUAAGGAAAUGAAAACAGAUAUUAAAAAAGAAAACAAAUUGCUGUACCAGUGCAUUCACAAUAUGCAUGUUGAGUUUGGAGUCAAAGGCUGAAUAAGAAGUCAGAGGGACGAAGAUUGCAACAUUUAGUUUGAAAUAAAUAUGUAAAACCUAACAGGAAACAAUACGGCAAGUAAAAAUUUACCCAGAAUUUACAACCUGUCAGAACUUUACAGAAUUAGGAUUAAACCUUUUCUUAGGCUUUCAGCUGCACAGAGUUGAGUGUCAUACGUUGUAUGACUGUUAAACCUCCAACAAUACAACAUUUAAUGUGGUUUUACUGGAGUGAAAACUGUAUCAAGGGCAUAAAAUUGACCAAAAUCUAAAUUAUUCAACAUAAAUAACUAAAUAAUUGAAUUAAUAAGUGGAAAAGAACAUUUUGAUUUUACUUCCUUAUUUCACAGUCAGCAUUAUUUUAGGGAUUCACAGAGGAGGGUCAAAGUCCAGGACGCACAGAUCUACUCACAGGAAAACCAAUGAAACCACUGAGUGAAUUAAUAAACAAAUAAUAAAAUAGAAAUCCAAGAAAAAUAGUCAAUAAAAGGCACAAUAAAGAACAAAAUCACAAAUUUAUACUGUACCUAAAGGUAAUUUGGGACCAUUAAGGAAAAAAU